GCAAAGCACGAAAGCAGCCGGGUUGUGAUUUUGUGUUGUAGGUUCAAGGUUGACAGACGACUGAGUGUCAAAUUUCCUGUCCAGUCAUGAGUCCAACAGAGCAGAAUGGUGGAAUAUCCACGGGUAAUAUUGAACUUGAUGCUAGACUUCAACAGUGGUUUGAAUGGAAUAAGAAUGAAGAUCAGAACAGAGAAGUGCGAGAAAUGAUCGAGAAACAAGAGGUCACCACGUUGUGUAAACUGUUUCUGGAGAGAAUGCAGUUUGGGACGGCAGGAUUGCGCGGCCGCAUGGGUCCAGGGUUUGCGCAGAUGAAUGAUCUAAUCGUCAUCCAGACAGCUCAAGGAUUACUUAAGUACCUGCAGAAUACGUUUGACGAUCUCAAGGAGCGUGGGAUUGUAGUCGGCUUUGACGGCAGGCACAACAGUAGAAGGUUUGCAGAACUGACAGCAGCCGUGUUCGAGCAUGCGGGAGUACAUGUAAAUCUGUUCGCCGAUGUCUGUCCUACACCCUUCGUCCCGUUUGCGGUAACACAUUGUAACCAUGUGGCUGGUGUAAUGGUUACUGCCUCUCACAACCCCAAGGAGGAUAACGGUUACAAGGUUUAUGGAUCUCUGGGGGCCCAGAUAAUCUCUCCAGUAGAUAAGGAAAUCCAAAGAUGUAUUCUGGAGUGUCUGGAGCCCACAAUCAGCUGGGAAGUGACACUGUCAGCUGAUACGUUGGACCAGACGCAGCUGAUUGAUAUGGCUGAUGCGUACUACGCUCUGCUCGAGACUGGAGUUUUCAACUCUGCGGCAAACGCUGAGUCAACACUCAACAUCACGUAUACAGCCAUGCACGGUGUCGGUUACCCUUUCAUCGUAAGGGCUUUUGAGGUGGCGAAGUUUAAGCCAGUGAUCCCAGUGGUGGAGCAAAUAGAACCUGACCCGGAAUUUCCCACGGUUAAGUUCCCCAACCCGGAGGAGGGCAAGAGCGCCCUGAAUUUAGCCAUUGCCACAGCCAACGCCCACGGCAGCACCGUGAUUGUGGCUAACGACCCUGAUGCUGACCGUCUGGCUGUUGCUGAGAGAACAAGAUCGGGAGAAUGGAAGGUCUUCACAGGCAACGAGCUCGGAGCCUUACUGGGAUGGUGGAGUCUCUACACAUACCAGAGACGGAACCCCGACUCUGACCUCAGCAAUGUCUACAUGAUAUCCUCCACUGUCUCCUCCAAAAUCCUCAAAACCAUGGCCAAGCAAGAGAAGUUCAACUUUGAGGAAACACUGACGGGCUUCAAGUGGAUGGGAACACGCAGUGCCGAGCUGGUUGCCCAAGGGAAGACGGUACUGUUUGCCUUCGAAGAGUCCAUAGGCUUCAUGUGUGGCACGGGGGUGCUGGACAAGGAUGGGGUGACAGCAGCAGUGCGGGUGAUAGAGCUGGCAACCUUCCUGCAGAGCAACCAGGGGCUCAGCCUCAGCGAGAAACUUAACUACAUCUACUCCUUUUAUGGUUACCACAUCUCAGAGAAUUCAUACUAUAUCUGCCAUGAUCCAGAAGUGAUAAAAACCCUCUUCAAUCGUUUAAGGAACUUUGGAGAUAGUCCUGAUACUUAUCCGGAGGGAUUGUUGGACAACAAGUACCGUGUGGUGGCGGUGCGCGACCUGACUACCGGGUAUGACUCGACCACGCCAGACCACCGCGCAACACUUCCAGUGUCACGGUCCAGCCAGAUGGUCACCUUCAACUUCCACAAUGGUCUGGUGGCCACACUGCGAACUAGUGGCACCGAGCCCAAGAUCAAAUACUACACCGAGUUUUGCGCUUCUCCACAGCUCAAGGACGUUGACGAGGUGAAGUCAGUCCUAAAAGAGAUGGUUGGUGCUAUCAUUGAAGAGUGGCUGCAGCCGAAACUGAACAACUUGAUAUGCAGGUCCAACUGAAUCAACAAAUCAUCGAUUAGCUUUCCUCUCUCUCUUCUUGAGUUGUUAGUCUUGUCCAUAUCAGCUGUUAAAACUGUGUAAGUCUGGUUUUGUUUACGCUUUGGAUAGUUGUUGCUACGUGUGUUUCAUAGUGCUUAGCACUAGCUAGUUUGUACUCGGUAAAUAGAAAUCAACAUUGUUAACACUCAUUGUUUGUUAAAUAACAUUAAUUUACUUAAAUGUGAUUGUAAUACAUUAAAAUCGUGAUUGCAAUGUUAAACGUAAAUGUUGUUAUGUUGUAAAAACUGACGCUUAAGGAAACUGAAAUACUUGACUUACCUGACAAUAAACCAAUUGCCUUUUAAGGGUAAGUGUCAAAAGUUAAACUCUGCGGGAAACCCGACUUGCAAUAAGAUCUCUUCUGUUAUUUUAUAACUUCAGUCUAAAUUUAUAUCGUGUUAUUUGCGCUCUGUUGAUUUACGUAACCGUCCACUCAAUGUAUAACCCAUAUCUGCCCAGAACAAGAACAGUAAAAGAUACUGUGUUUGCUUAUUGUUGUACAAGUAGUGGUUAGAAACUUCCCACGUUGGCUUAUAUAGGUAGGUUAAUACGUUAAUUGUGGGUUGCUGUAAGCUGCUAGAACUGAUUUCAUACCAUUUUCCUUGUUCUGUUUUAUGUAUAUAUUUUCUUCCUUUCCAUAUUUAAAACAGAGUAAUGUUUCUGGAAGCUAUGUAAUAUAUUUUUAUUUAACAGGACACAAAAUUAACAUUAUGGACAUUUAUAGAACUAAAUAUUAGUACACAGGUAAUAAUAGGUUCACAUUUAAGGCAUAUAGUAAAAUACACAUUUAUUUGGAAAUCAAAGUAUAAAUUCAUGUAAUUAUUUAUUCUAUAUGCAAAAUUCAAUGGUUUAGCUAUUAAAGAACAAUGAACUUUACAUUCCCUUCUAUGAUGAAGUAAGCUUCCAAAUAUUUACAAGAAUAUAAUCGUUCAAUAUUCAGUUAAAAAUUGUGCACAACAUACAGGGUGUUUAUAAACGAAUAUCAGUGUUUUAACGGUCUGUUCAUGAGUCGCUAUUUUUUAAUUAUAAUUUUAAGUUAUAUGUAAAAAAACUAAAAAGUGUUAAAAUUCCGAUAUCAUUUAAAAACACCUGGUAUAAAACGCAUUAAUCAAGGAUUGAUUAAUUGAAAGGAUAACAGACUUUAGGAAAUUUACCAUUGUUAAAGGUUACAAAACAGAACACUGCUUUGAAAACUGCUAUUAUUUUCUUAAUUUGUCUAACCUUAGACACGUAAACCUCAGACAUAAGAUUUUUUUACACGUACCAAAAUUAAAAAACAAAUCUACCACACAUGGCUAUGAACUCACAAAAACCAAACUUACAAACCAUGUCACUUUCUUUUAUUUUUUAUGAUCAACAUAGAUAUGCACAGUAAAAUAAAAAUGUAAUUAGUAAGCAGUAAUUGUGCAUAUUCUUACUUUAUUUUAAAAUGAAGUACUUAAAGUUGCGAUUUCAAGUAACAGUUUUUGUUUUUCUGUUAAAAGUUCUAUAUUUUGUUACUUUCAGUUAAUUAGUUUAAUGAAAUUGAGUAUUAUUGUACGGGAUUGUGUAUAAAAAUGGUUUUAUAUGGUACUUUGUAUAAAGUUGAUUUUUGAACACUCGUGCCAAAGGUUAUGUAUGCUUUGACUAAUAAAAUCCAAAUUUACUGAAAAUAUGUGCUGAUCAUUAAUUAUUACUUGGCAUCUCAAAAUUAGUAAGUUUUACUACUACAUCUAACUAGUGGUGCCUGUAAUGUAAUGUAAUUAAAUGUAAUCCUUCAUUUACUUGUUUGUGUUCUUGUUUAAUAUAUGAUCAGUUUAUUGUCAUUGUAUUGCAAAAAAAUAUUAAUACAAUACAGUGUUUGGAGCAAGUGUAAUACAUAAUGUUAAUUAAACAUUUAUACAAAAAACCACAAGAGAGUGCAGUUGAGGGAGGAGCCUAUUUUGCCCGUGACCUUGGAGCGGCCAACGAGAACUGAGCGACGUUGCCAAACUUGUUCCCCGCUGU